GACAAUGCCUGAGUUCAUGUUAAAAUGUAUUUUCAUGAUCGGUAUACAUAAGUACAUACAUAUGUGUAUAUCAAUAUAUACAUAUGUAUGUUUAAACAAAUGUACAUCCUUUUUCAUAUGACGAUAUGUGUGUACAAGCAUCAUAUUUGAAGUAUGAUUAGCGCUAUAUUAUAAUCUUAUCAAGCAAACAUACAUUUGUAUGAUUAUAAACUUGUACCGACAUUUAAAACUGCUACUCCCACUUCUCGAACACAACUAAAACUGCAGCUACAGCGCGAACAGCAUCAACAGCAACAAAUGAUGAUACAACAACAGGCACUAGACACUGCUCUGGACCCAAAAAUGCACCUAUUGUAUGGCAGUGGGCAGGGGCCCAUGGAAUCAGAAUUCAUUGACAGCGGUAGUACCAGUGCUUGUGGCAGCGGGUCAUCCAGUUUAGAACAAAUGUCCCAGUUAGUGCAAAUGGACAAUUUAAUUGACUCGUCAAGCGCAGUUAAGCUUAAAGUUCCUCUUCAAAGUAUCGGAGUAGAUGUGCCGCCACAAGUGCUGCAGGUCAGUACAGUGCUGGAAAACCCCACCAGGUAUCAUGUUAUACAAAAGCAAAAGAAUCAAGUAAGGCAAUAUCUCAGCGAAUCCUUUAAGCCGUCUAUGUGGGGCUGUCAUACCAGCGAAAUAAAAUUAGCAAAUAAUUCUGCGCCAACGGGAAAUCUUCAGAGUUCAUCUUUAGAGAAAAGUAUUUGCGAUCCUUUGGAGCGUACAAAUGGAUUUGUAUGCGAUACGGCUGUGAGUGCUAAAAGAAUUAUGCCUUCCGAUGACGCAAUGCCCAUUUCCCCAUUUGGUGGUAGUUUCGUAAGAUGUGAUGACAUAAAUCCAAAUGAGUCAACUAUAUUGCGACGAAGCAAUCAAGGUUCUGGAGAACCAGAAAAUGCCCAUAAAAACACCCAGUUGGGUUUGGUUAAAGCUAAUUCAAGCCUAAGUUCAACGCGUUCUUCUUCAGGGAUUGUUAAUUCAAUUAGAAUUUCCAGUACAGCAAGUUCAUUACAAUCUACUUCAGCACCUAUUUCCCCGAGUUUAAGCUCGGUUGCAACGAGUGUCUCUGAGCUACCAUCAUUCGAUAGCGAUGCAGAUGACAUCUUCGAUGAUAUAUUGCAAAAUGACUCUUUUAACUUUGAUAAAAACUUCAACUCUGAGCUUUCAAUUAAACAGGAACCUCAAAAUUUAACUGAUGCUGAAAUGAAUGCCUUAGCCAAGGACAGACAAAAGAAAGACAACCAUAAUAUGAUUGAGCGAAGGCGCCGCUUUAAUAUAAACGACAGAAUAAAAGAGCUCGGUACUCUUUUGCCAAAGGGCAGUGAUGCCUUUUACGAAGUGGUUCGAGAUAUCCGUCCAAACAAGGGAACAAUAUUGAAGUCGUCUGUUGACUACAUAAAAUGCUUGAAACAUGAGGUGACUCGGUUAAGACAAAAUGAGUUACGUCAACGUCAAGUGGAGUUGCAAAACCGAAAGCUCAUUUCUCGAAUAAAAGAAUUGGAAAUGCAGGCCAAGUCCCAUGGAAUUUCUUUAGCAGACUACCACUUAACAUCAGUAUCAGCGCCUACUCAACCUAACACUUAUCUUACAAGUUUUAGUCUAUCGCCUUCUGUUUCUCGAAGUCGUCGAUCACUUUUUGAUAUACCUGUUGAAAAAAAAAUACAAGUUAUUAAUGGUACCGACGUAAAUAUGGGAAUGAAUCAGAUCGAUGAGUUUAUGGAAGAUUGCAAGUAUGCAGUGCAAGGCGGCGACCCGAUGUUGUCAUCGCAUAGUCACAUGCAAUCCGCACCACAAUCACCGAGCUCAAAACAUUUGAAUUGUGCAAGUUUUGAACCAAAGAAUUUUUCGGAAGCUGAUGAAAGCCUUUUUAUAGGCAAAUCAAGUUUAGCAUCAGAUGACUGUUGCGGUACUUCGUGCUAUAUUCAACGCCAAUUGCCUACACGUGAGGGCCAUCCAAAUCAUUCUCACCAAACGCGUAUACGAGAAAUUCAUAGUUUGUCCCAUUCAGCUGAAAACUCAGAGUUUACUAGGCUUGAGCAUUGCGAUGAUCCACUUCUCUCAUCUCCCCAUAGGUCACUUGGUACAUUAGACGAAGAUAAACAAAAUUCAGUUGAUAUGUCUGCAGUCAUGGCAAACGAUUCCCUUUCCUCUUUGGUAGAUGACAACAACAGCGAAACCAUGAUUCUUACAUCUGACACGUUGGAUAUAGAGUUGUAGAUUAUCAAAUUUUAAAAAUUCUGUAUAAUUUCUCUGAGGAAUUAAGUUAAAUUCUACAAGGUUUAAAAGGUCCUAUCAAAUGUUUUAUAGUUAAAAACUGUGAAGAGUCCCUGCGUCAUACUCAGUGAACUUAUAAAUAAGAUGCGCUAUUACACAUAUGGGUAGACCACUUUUUUAAUUCAUUUAAUCAGUAAACAUGUAAAAACGUCUUAAUGCUUCCUAUAAACGGUAUAACCAAGCAUUAUGUUUAAUUUGUUACGUAAGUUUUAGCAGGGGACUGUUGGACUGUGAGUAAACAAAUAUGUAUAUAUCAACACUUAAUUCCAAGAAGUACAUAGGCACAAAAAAAUAUAGAGAAGUGAAAAAUAGGUUAUAAAGUUUUUAAAUAAUCGGGGAUGUUUUCGUAAGAUUUUUGAUUUUCAGCUCAAAAGUAUUUUAAAAUAUUUGACAGAAAAACCCGAAAUAUUGUGAGAGUUUUUAAGAGACCUAUUAUAGAUCCAAUAUUUUAUUUAAAGUUGCGUUUGUAAAAUCUUUAUCGAGCGGUAUAAUUUCGGAGCGUCUUCCUUUUCUAUUAAGGAGUUGUGAUAAUUGUUGUAUUAACAUGGACAAAUGUUUUAUGUAUAAACUAAGAAAAGAUUCCUAAACUAUUGAAUAUUGAAUUUUGUUUUGUUAAUAUGUUUUACCAGAAUAUUAAUAAAAUUACUAGUGAC